AUGGCGGCGUCCCCCACCAACUCGCGCUCCGUGACGGAGACGGUGAACGGCUCCCACCGGUUCGUGCUCCAGGGCUACUCGCUCGCGAAGGGCAUGGGCGUGGGCAAGCACAUUGCCAGCGAGACCUUCACCGUGGGCGGCUACCAGUGGGCGGUCUACUUCUACCCCGAUGGGAAGAACCCCGAGGACAACUCCGUCUACGUCUCCGUCUUCAUCGCCCUCGCCUCCGAUGGCACCGACGUCCGCGCCCUCUUCGAGCUCACGCUCCUUGACCAGAGCGGCAAGGGCAAGCACAAGGUCCACUCCCACUUCGACCGCUCCCUGGAGUCCGGGCCGUACACCCUCAAGUACCGCGGAUCCAUGUGGUAA